AUGAAGGUACUGGCUCUUCUUUUCAUAAGCUUUUUUGCAAGCAUUAGCAAGGCAUUUAUGUUCGAUUUUGGUCAACACGCACAGCAGCAGCAGCAGCAGCAGCAGCAACAGCCCCAAAUAUCUUACGAAGACUCAGUUCUAAACAACGAUUGUGACAAGUAUUUAUGUCCUGAUACAAUGGCGUGUGUUUCGAGUGCCGAAAAGUGUCCCUGCCCUUUCCCAAAAUCACAAUUGAGAUGCGUGCUUCCCAAUGGCCAUCACAUUUGUAUAUCGAAGCCCGCGACUCACGACAUUGCUCUCCAAGAAUUGUAUGACGACCCAGUCAAGGGUCCCAAGACCAGAACAAAGGGUUCGAGGGACUGUGGAUGGGUAGAACAAGCCUUCAAAGGAGAGAUGUAG